CGGUGGAGCCACCUCCAUGGAUUCCUUCUACCCCUGCCACCUCACCACCUCCGCCACCGCCCUCUCCCUCUCACACACCCUCCUUUCCCUCAUCCAAGGUGACCCAUCUUCCAAAAUCGAAGCUGCUACGGAGAUCCGGCGACUCACUAAGACUUCACACCGGUGGCGCCGACAGUUCUCCGCCGCUAUCAACCCUCUUGUUUCCAUGCUUCGAUUUCAGUCACCGGAAGCCAACGAGGCUGCUCUGCUUGCUCUUCUUAAUCUUGCUGUUAAAGACGAAAGCAACAAGAUCAGUAUCGUGGAUGCCGGUGCCUUAGAACCAAUCGUCGGUUUUCUUCAAUCCGCGAAUCUAAACAUGCAAGAACACGCAGUGGCCGCAUUAGUCACUCUAUCUGCAUCUCCGGUGAAGAAAUCCGCCAUCGGUGCAUCCGGGUCCAUCCCAUUUCUCGUCAAAUUCCUAACCCAUGGUUCCCCACAAGCCAAGAUGGAUGCCGUAGUGGCUCUUUCCAAUCUCUCAACCGAGGCCGAUAAUCUUUCAUCGAUCCUCCAAUCCCACCCAAUCCCCUCCUUGGUAAACAUCCUCAAAACUUCCAAAAAAUCAUCAAAAAUCUCGGAAAGAUGCAUUUCGCUUCUUGAAUCUCUAAUUGGUUUCGAGGAGGGAAGAAGUGCACUGACUUCCGAAGAAGGCGGAGUGCUGGCAGUUGUGGAGGUUCUCGAGAGUGGUUCACCCCAGAGCCGUGAACACGCAGUGGGCACACUUUUAACUAUGUGUCAAAUCGAUCGUUGCAGAUACCGGGAACCGAUACUUAAAGAAGGCGUGAUUCCAGGACUUUUAGAGCUAACUGUUCAAGGAACUCCCAAAUCCCGUACAAAAGCCCACACGCUGCUUCGAUUACUACGUGAAUCUCCGUACCCGAGAACGGAACUCGAGGCCGACACACUUGAGAACAUUUUGACGACCAUAAUAUCACAGAUCGAGGGAGAGGAACAUUCCGGAAACGCAAAACAGAUGCUAGCGGAAAUGGUUCAAGUGAGCAUGGAGCAGAGUUUGAGACAUUUGCAGCAACGGGCUCUCGUGUGCACUCCGUCUGAUCUUUCAAUCACGACUGUUUGUGGUUCGAAAGUCUCGUUGAAGUAACUGUCUCGGUUUCUCGGGUCUCGGGUUUCGGGUUUUGUUUGUUUUUGGUGCCUUUUUGUGGAUCAUAAAACAUGUUAUGGGCUUUGUGGGAUCAAGAUUUAGGUAAAUAUGGUAAAGCCAGUCCAGGCCUCUCUUUAUAAGGUAUCAUGAGAUUGGUGAGUGUUGGAUAUUUGUUUUCUUUUUCCAGAGAUGGAUUCGCUAAAUCCAUGGUAGUCAUGUUGUAGGGACUUGUAACUAUGGCAUAGAAGGUUGUACACUGCAUUGUAUCUAUCAAUUUCUGUUCUGGAAAAAUGACUACCCUUUUUUGGAA